AGGCUGACCUAAACUGAGUGUUUCCCAAACAUCAUGGGAGAGAUUAAAGUCUCUCCUGACUAUAACUGGUUCAGAAGCACAGUUCCUCUGAAAAAGAUAAUAGUAGAUGAUGACGACAGUAAAGUCUGGUCGCUGUAUGACGCGGGACCGAGGAGCAUUCGGUGCCCCCUCAUAUUUCUUCCUCCUGUAAGUGGAACUGCAGAUGUGUUUUUCCAGCAAAUUCUGGCGCUGACUGGAUGGGGCUACAGAGUUAUCGCCUUGCAGUAUCCGGUGUACUGGGAUCACCUUGAGUUCUGUGAUGGAUUCAGAAAACUGUUAGACCACCUUCAGCUGGAUAAAGUUCACCUUUUUGGAGCUUCUCUGGGAGGCUUUCUGGCUCAGAAGUUUGCUGAAUACACACACAAAUCUCCCAGAGUUCAGUCUCUGAUCCUGUGCAAUGCCUUUAGUGACACUUCGAUCUUCAAUCAGACGUGGACAGCAAACAGCUUUUGGCUGAUGCCUGCUUUUAUGCUGAAAAAAAUUGUCCUGGGGAAUUUUGCAUCUGGUCCUCUAGACCCUGAAAUGGCCGAUGGGAUCGAUUUCAUGGUGGACAGGCUGGAGACUCUAGGCCAGAGCGAGCUCGCUUCAAGACUUACCCUCAACUGCCAGAACUCCUACGUGGAACCUCAUAAAAUUCGAGACACCCCUGUAACCAUUAUGGACGUGUUUGACCAAAGCGCGCUUUCGACUGAAGCGAAAGAAGAAAUGUAUAAGCUUUAUCCUAAUGCCAGAAGAGCUCAUCUCAAAACAGGAGGCAACUUCCCCUAUCUCUGCAGGAGUGCCGAGGUCAACCUAUAUAUUCAAAUCCACUUGCUGCAGUUCCACGGCACCCGAUACGCCGCCAUCGAUCCCGCCAUGGUGAGCGCGGAAGAGCUGGAAGUCCAGAAGAUCAGCCUUCACGCCAGCCACGAGCAGGAUGAGCAGUAGGUGCUGGAGGGCCGGAGGAUGAGGCGUUGGUCUGGUGGUCUUCCCCUGCACAAUCGGCUGGUCCCGCUCCCUUCCUCCCUGCGCUAGCCGGUUAUCACUGUGUGAUUCCAGCAGGAUCAGUGAGCUGCCCACAGACGGUGUCACGGGAUAGAUCUGUGUAAGUUUUACUCUUUGAAUUCAAGGAAGUGUCUUUGAAGACUGCAGUUUUAACAACAAAGACGUUUUUGCUACCAAAGUCUUCACUAUCAUGUUCUUAAGCAGAACGGUAUUUCUUUUUAUAUUUUUCACUUGGCUGUAUAUAUUGCCACAUGCAGAUUGUGUACUUAUAAGGUGACAUAUAUUUUUGUUGAAUAUUUGUUUUAAAAGAUGUUUAGGUGCCACUGUUGCCAUCACUUACUUGCUUCGUAUGUUGUGUUGUUAGUUUCUAUUUGAAAUAAAGCACUUGAAUUUUUAACUUUCUUGCGGUUUAAAAAUGGUUUUCAAUAAAACUUC